AUGCUAUAAAAUAACAAAGCUAUUUAACCCCAUAAGUCUAACAAAAAUCCACAAAUUAAAACAAACAAAGGAAAUUCACAAAUUGUCUAAAAAGCCUAGAACACUACUCAACAAUCAGCAACAAUUGUCUAACAAUAAAAACCGAAAAAACAAAAUUCUUAAUUUGAUCAACAAUUCAAGAAACCUGUUAUAUACAACAUCAUCCUUUUCCUAAAUUGCAAAGACAUUUCAUCUCUGAGAAGAGUCAAUAGCUACUUUAAUUAAACAUUUAUUGAAAUUCUGCCAAUCUUAAAGCAUUUCUUUAAUAAACAGCUGGAUAUCAAGCAACAACUACUUUAAUCCAACAUGUUCUAUAAUCAACUUCCCCAAUUAAAUGAUAUCGAUUUUGAAGAGUUCAAAUGUGGUCUCUAGAAUGAAUUGAUGUAUGCCUUUCCUGAAAAAGUUCCCUAAUUUUAUCUCAAAUGCAUAGAACUAAUUUCAUAACUGCUUUUAUAAGAAUUACCAAAAUGGAGAUACUCAAAGUACACUUAUUAGAUGAAGACUAAACUUCUCUAUGAAAAAUUAGAAAAGAAAGAGCCUUUACUAAAUUUAUAUGAUCUCUCAGAUAAAUAAGUUGAAAUUAUUAGAUCGGAUGCACAAAAUAUCAUGAAUAAUUCUACUUAUUUGAAAUGGGUGUUCACUCCUCUUGUUAAUUUUGUAGAUAAUUUAAUCAUAGUGACUAGAUCACCACAUUAUGCAGAAUUAAAAAAAUUUAAAUAGAUUGAGCAUCGCAUCUUUGAGAUCUAAUAAUUUCUUAAUACAUAUUUUAAGAAUGAAUGA